UCAAUUUUGCAGAUUUUGGGGAAUUUCCCCAGAUAUCAACAUGUUGUGUAUCAACAGAGUUCACUUAGGAAUAGAGAACACAAAACAGAACGACUUGAGUAGGUUUAAUUAUAAACCUGCUCAAUUUUAAAACAAGUACAUUUUCUUUCUUUCCUUCUAUAAUACAUAGGUAAAGAUAGAUCUUUAUGGACGAGACAAGGAAAUACUGCAUCUAUGUCAGAUACAUGCCUCCCAAGACGUGCCUCAGCCAUUAUGUUCAGCCUUCUAAGAUACAUUUGUCUGUUCUGCUUGAAUAUUUUCAGUGAUACUUCCAUGAUAAAAGGUGUAGACCCACACCGUCUCUCUUAGGACUGUGCCAUCGGUGCCCCUCUAAACUCAACUAACUACAAGACCACCACGCCGAAACCAACAAUAUGACGCAAGGCUUCAUUCCUGCUGUCGUUUGAGACAAGGGAAGAUACACAAAAACAAACAAGGCCCGAGCAAAAACAAAUGUAUUGUCACACAUUUCCUGUCCGUCUCUGUUCAACUCUACCUAGUGUGUCCCUAUAUUUAGCCCAGCCCAGGGAAGCCCUGAGCGCUGGCAGGAAAACUAAGUUGGGAAAGAAUUGGAGGAAGUCUACUUUGCCUUUGGGACAAACAAGAACUACACACUGGAUUCUACUAGUUGUAACCGUUACUCACUGGCUUCUACUGCUAGUUUUAACGGCUACACAACAGAUUCUAGCUCUAGUUUUGCGCUAUUUAUGAAUCCCGAGGAGACAAGGUUCCAAUUUUUUUGGGGGGACAAAGGUAAAAAGAUUUAUAAUUGAAACGAAAGCACAGAGGAAGAGAAGAGAAAAAAACAGCCGCACUCCACAACAGAGCUAGAAAUGGACUGUUUUUAGAAAACAAAAGGCAAGACAAAGAAGAAGUAGAGCGGAGGAUCUUCCUGUGGACUUGGUGGACCUCAGGCUGAGGUGGACUCCAUUGUUGAUGUGGGCCUGGGGACAUCUGGCCCUUCAAAUCGUCCUGACUUAGGGUGCAUCCUAAACGUUUGGAUCCAUAGCAGUCCACCUCUGACCUCCAGCUGUGGAGGUGUGCCAUGUAUCUCCUUGCCCCCGGGGCUGCCUGACAUCACCACCCACACCCCCCACCAUCACCACCCACCGCCCCACCAUCCUGCCCGGCCUCAGACCCCCAUCAUGGGCUCCACCACACUGGGGAAAGCUGCCCCGUUUAACCUCCUCCUGGAGGAAUGCAUUCAGGCCUUCGAUGAAAACGGGGAGCUGAAGAGCAGCCACCUCCCCCGGACUCUGCUGCUGAUGCACCGCUGGUACCUCACCUCCACCGAGCUGGCAGGCAAACUGAUCAUGAUAUAUCCUUUCUGCCAUGGAGAAGGCUGUGGGCACACCAGACUCAAGGUCUGCUAUUUCAUGAGAUACUGGAUUGUGACGUUUCCGGCAGAGUUCAAUCUGGACCUGGGUCUGAUACGGAUGACCGAGGAGCUCAGAGACCUAGCAGCUGAGCUGGGCUUUAAGGAGCACUACAAACUCAUCGACAUCUCCACCAUUCCGUCGUAUGACUGGAUGCGUAAGCUGACCCAGAGGAAGAAGCAGGUGAAGAAGGGCAAGGCGUCUCUGCUGUUCGACCACCUGGAGCCAAUGGAGCUGGCCGAACACCUCACCUUCCUCGAGUUCAAGUCUAUCAGGAGGAUAUCUUUCACAGACUACCAGAGCUACGUCACCCAUGGGUGCCUGAGGGACAACCCCACCCUGGAACGCUCCAUCGCCCUGUUCAACGGUGUCUCCCAGUGGGUGCAGCUCAUGGUGCUUAGUAAGCUAACACCACAGCACCGUGCUGAGGUCAUCACCAAGUACAUCAACGUAGCUCAGAGACUACUCCAGCUGCAGAACUUCAACACCCUGAUGGCGCUGGUGGGAGGCCUCAGCCACAGCUCCAUAUCCAGGCUGAAGGAGACGCACUCCCACCUGGCCCCUGAGGUCACCAAGGUGUGGGGUGAGAUGACGGAGCUGGUCUCCUCCAACGGCAACUACUGCGGCUACCGCAAGGCCUUUGGCGAGUCGCGCGGCUUCAAGAUCCCCAUCCUGGGUGUGCACCUGAAGGACCUGAUCGCCGUGCACGUGGUGUUCCCCGACUGGGUGGAGGACGGCGCCAAGGUCAACCUGGUGAAGAUGCAGCAGCUGUACGGCACCUUCAACGAGCUGGUGUCCCUACAGGGGGCGGCGGCUCAGGUGGAGCCCAACAUGGACCUCAUCUACCUGCUGACGCUGUCCCUGGACCUUUAUUACACCGAAGAUGAGAUUUACGAGCUCUCGUUGCUACGGGAACCACGGAACUCCAAGUCAUUGUCAAACUCUCCGACCACUCCCAACAAGAGCCUCGCCCCCCUCGACUGGGCAUCUGGGGUCACCACCAAGCCAGACCCCUGCGUUGUCAACAAACACAUCCGGAAGGUGGUGGAUUCUGUUUUCAGGAACUACGACCACGACCGAGACGGCUACAUCUCCCAGGAGGACUUUGAAAGUAUCGCUGCCAACUUCCCCUUCCUGGACUCCUUCUACGUUCUCGACAAAGACCAGGACGGACUGAUCAGUAAGGAUGAGAUGAUGGCAUAUUUCCUGAGGGCCAACCCGCUGCUCCAGUGCAAGAUGGGCCCCGGGUUCAUCCACAACUUCCAGGAGAUGACCUACCUGAAGCCCACCUUCUGCGAACACUGUGCUGGAUUUCUCUGGGGAAUCAUCAAACAGGGCUACAAGUGCAAAGACUGUGGGGUGAACUGCCAUAAACAGUGUCGGGAGCUGCUCGUCCUGGCCUGCAGGAAGCUGCUCCGCUCCUCGUCACUGGGCAACGUUUCCCCCAGUGAGCUGACCCACUGCUCCAUGCCCAGCAGCCCAACACUGGCUACCUGCAAAGACGAAGACGAGGUCUUUGAGUUCCCAGUGGUGGCUCCCCUGGCUCCAGACCCCCAGUCCAUCACGCUGAUGAGCGGGUCGGCCCAGCGCAUCUCGGUCCGCCUGCAGAGAGCCACCAUCAGCCAAGCCACCCAGAUGGACCCCCUGUGGGCGGAGCGCGGCUGGGGGCCCGCAGCCGACAGCGGCUCCCACACCUUCCCCAAGAUGAGGUACCGGCCCCACCGCAAGACGUCCAAGAACAAAGGCUUCGCCCGCUGGGAGAACCACGACGGUGGGUCCCGCCAGGGCUCUCCUGCCCAGAGUGUGGGUCUGGACCCCCAGCAGGGACCCGGAGGACCCCGGGGGUCGAGGAGGGACGCCGUUCAGAACGGGAUCAGCACAAACAGAGGAAAGGACAGUUGACUUGGCCACCGGUCCAGCUGUGGAAGGGUUUCUGGUUCGAGUACAGGGAAGUUAUCGUCCCUGGGGGAGGUGCUUAGGUGCCUGCGGGCCCCCUUCCGCCACCCCCUGUAGCCGGCCCUGUCCCCUGGACCACAGGACACAGAGACAUGUGGGGAGCCAUGUUCAUAUGACCCCUGAAGAAGAUACAGACUCAGCAACACUGGUGAAGUUCUCUCUCUCUCUCUCUCUCUCUCUCUCUCUCUCUCUCUCUCUCUCUCUCUCUCUCUCUCUCUCUCUCUCUCUCUCUCUCUCUCUCUCUCUCUCUCUCUGUCUCUCUCUGUCUCCCUCUUUCUCUCUCUCUGUCACUCUGUCUCUCUCUCUGUCUUUGUCUACAGCGAUAGCCACCCUGUUGUGUACUGACAAGGGAUCAGUUGAUGAGCAACAGGACAACUUGUCUCUGUUUGUUUGUUUUCUAUCCAAAGGACACUUCACCUUUUCAGAACCUGAUCACAAGUACGCUUGAAGCCAGUAUGAGAAGGUUAUGAACUAUGAGAGCUAGUUAACAUGUGUGGCAUCUAAACCUGGCGCCUUAUGUUUUGUAUACAAACUCUCUCUGGAACAAAGAACAGCUUAAGGGUUUGUUUAAGGUUGUGGUUAAGGUUGGGUCGUAAUUGGUUUCCAGGCAUUGGCUUCGUUUGACUGCCUCAAUAAGACGGUUGUUUUGAAAAGUCUGGACAGUGAAGAGAAGGAGAGGAUGUUUGAGUUAUUGUUUUUUGCCGCUCCUAGGGCCAAGAGACCACAUGAAAAGUGACCAGGAAUCAAAGGUUGGUGCAUUUGUUCAUGUGCGGUCAUGGAAAUACUGUCUGUCUCUCUAAAGAAAUGGCUACUACUGACUAUCCCGAAAGUGCCAGUUUGUGACGUAUCUGUCUCUUCAGUAUGGAGGUACCUACAAGUUGUACAGAGCGAGGUUGUGCUAUAACUCAUACAGAAGCACGUUUGUGUUCUUCUGGUCAAGUAGGAAGUGGUGGGUAGGGUCUUUCGGUUUGAAAGUUCACAGUGGAAGGGAAGUCGAGAUGGUUGGAAGAGGAGACGGCCAGAUGUUUUUACUACAUCAGCUCCAGGUUUGAUAUUACCGACAUGGAAGGUGGUCAGCAAAGACAAGAUAGGUUAGAUAUUGGUUGGGGUGAACUGCAGAGAGGAAGUUGACCGUCAAGACUGUUUAACUCUUUAUUAACAGUGUGGGGAAAGUUAAGACCAGAGAAGAAAGUAGACAUCUUAAAUUAGUUGGGGUUUGCACAUUGCCCCAACAAAAAACCCACACCCAACUAUUGAAUGUUGGCCGAGGUUGGCCACUGCCCAUUUGACAAUGUAAAUGAAAAUUACAUUAAACAUGUAAAUGACAACAGCCAACCGCCACCAAUUGGUUUGGCACAGUGUUGGCGUUUGUUGGUGCUUAUUGGGGAAGGGUGCAAGCCCCUUUAGGUUAGGCUACUUGCCUUAGCAACUGAACUGGAAAUCAUGCAGGAAACACAUCGAGCAAAGUUUAAAUGAACUUCUAAAGGUCUUUCUGGGGAAUGGCAUUUUAAAGGAACAAUAAGUGGUUCCCACAGAAUGUUGUUGGAAAUAUACGUUAUUUAUUUUUAUGAUUGUUAUCUUUCAAAGGGACCUGGCUUGUUCUACAACUCUCCAGUAGGUGUACCUAGUUCAAAUGUAUUAACAAAAUAUACAUUUGUUGUUUUCUGUAGAAAAUCUCUUCGUCUGAAACACUGCUUAGUGCUGCUUUAUUGUCCUCAUGAUUGGUAUAAAGGGCUUGUUUUAUAAUUUAAUAUUUAUGUGGUUUGAAUGGACAGAAAAUGGUGUUUGUACAUGAUUUGUAUUAAAGUAUUGCCUGAUUUUUUCAGACUUUUUUUUUUAACUUGUCAAGUUUAAGGUAUCUUUUAACUUUGACAUGGAUAUACUGACAUACACAGACAUAUCAAUGUAUGUAUACAUAUCUGUAUACUUAUACUUUUGUAUGCACAUUCCAACCCACAGAUACAAUUUCCAGAAAAUCAAGUGAUUUUCAAUUCAUCACCACUAUAACAUCAAAAGAUCUGUUCAGUAUGUUCACCUUGAAUUAUUUAUGGGAACUGAUUGUAUUUUUUGCCAUUUGCCAACUGCCAUUAGGAAAACAGACAACACAAGAUCUAUUCACAAAUUACAACCCCCCCCUAAAACAGAAAAGCAGUGGGAUGCAUUCCACCAAGCUAUAACUUUUUGUGUAUUUAUUUUAUAAGGGACAAGCGUUUCCUCUGAGAUUAAUAAGAUGUCACAAAGAAUGGAUUUUGGAUUUUCUUUGUUAAAAUUACAUCUGUUCUUUGUUGUUGCUGUGAAUGAUUUCGAAAAACAGCAACAAUUGGAUGUAUCGAUGUGUUGUAUAUUUCAAAUUUUAGUUUAAAUAUCUUCAGAAUUUUUUUCAAUUGUUUAGUCGUGUUUAUACAUCAUCAAACAGGCUGUUUACCUAAACCUGCUGUCAUACUGAUUUUGAUUCCUUUAUUCUGGAAAGUUUGGGCUGUGUUGUGUUAUGAUAAUGCUCGAACCCAAUGGAGGAAAAAACCCUGAAGAAAACAACAGUUUAAUCUAUAACAUAGAUGCAACGCAGAUAUUAAUCCCAAUGAAUUUCGCUACAGAAUGCAUGUAUAAUCUAGACAAAACAUUUCACUGUGUUUAAAUGUUUGUAAAAUUUACAAAAGAAAGUACUGAUCUGGAGCCAUUGCAGAUUCUGUUGACAGUAUUCACUAAAUGGUAUUCAUCUGAUCAACCUCUUGUUUCCUUACCUUUUAACUGAAAACAUUGAUCUGCCCACAUCGGAAAAGCUUCUUAGCGCUUGCAGCCAGAGAUAAGCUUGCUAAAGAUUCAAUUGUUUCACGCAAAAAAAGACAGAGACAAUCCAAUGGUACACCACUCAGAAAACAAACAACUGCAAUAGUAUUGAGUACUAUUGCACUACCGCCGAAUCAGACCCGAACAAUGUGUUUAUAUUCAAUUGACCCAUAUCAAAGGCCUUUUUUUUUUUUUUUUUACUGAAAUAUAGCCUGUAGUGAAGUUUUAUUUAAAGUAUGCAGGAUAUAUAUUUUUUUAUGGUCCAUACAUUUUGAACUUUGAAAUUACAGUAGGCUUUUCUUCUUCAUCUGUUGAGCCAUAAACACAUCAUGAUCCUAUUUUAAGUCGUUUAUAUAUUCUUUAUUUUUUGCUUUAUGUGAAUAUUUCUUUCAAUGGCCUCAAUGAAGCCAUUUAAGUAUCCUAUCACUCAAUUUCUAGGAAUCACUUUCUAAAGAUGUGGCAUCUCUAUGCUGUUUCAAUUUCAAUUAAAGAUAUUUAUUGAACCUG